AUGGGUUCAAAUACACGGGAACUAUUCCACAUCCUCCUCACCACUAGCCAUCUCAAUAAAAACCCCAACAAUGUGAUCGAAAAAGUUCGGAUCCCCGGCAGCUACACAUCUUUACAAGCCGCCAAGGCUGCCGCAUACAGCUGCCUCUUUGCCGCCGGUUACGAGAAGGAGUGGUUCACCUCCUACGAGACCAAGCCGGAGCUAUUUGAAAGCAACAAUCUUCCUGAGCGGUCGGGCCUGGCUGUCUAUGCUGUCGCUCCGGACGGCACCGAAUUCCGGGUCCAUAUCAUUACGACUCCAGUGGAUGCGAAACUGGCCGAUGACGUCGUUGAAGGCCAUGUCACCGGGUCGCUGUACUACGUGGUGCAGGCCGACGUCGAGUACGACGCCGAUGAGGGCAGCCGAGUUCGCGACAUCGACAUCGAAGGCGUCUUCCGGACCUACCAAGAGGCCAGAGAGCUGGCCAGCAAGGUCCUGCUGUCCAAAGAGGGCAAAAUCACCAAGGACAGCUUUGCUGCGUAUACCGAGGCCGAGCCCAACGAGAAGGAUUGCGGCUAUGGGGAGAAUGUCAUCGUCCGGGCUGUCUCCGACUACGGGACGAACUAUUUGAUUUCGGUUGUCAAGAAUCAGGGACUGGAAUCAGUGAGUCUGGCGGAAGCCGCUAUGAAGAUUCUAUAA